AUGGGUGGAGCUUUGCUAGUGGGAUUUGGCAGAGUAACAUGUGGGAGCAAGGCCAGGGCUGCUCUGCUCCAGGCGCUGCUGGUUCUGGCCAGCUCUGUCAUGGACAAAACUGACCUACCACAUGCCAAAGCUGGGUCCCAUCAUGGUAUUGUAUGGCACCUCAGUGAAAACAUGUUUAAGGAAGGAUGCCAGGGAGUGUCCGCAGCCCUGACGCGGGCGAGCGGGCGGGCGGGCCCGGGGCCUCUCUUGCCUCCCCAGGGCGGGGCGGUGGCCACAGCCAGGACCGCGAUCGGCAAGGAGCUGAGUGGGGCCGCCGCGCGGCUCCCCAGCCGCCACCCGCGCCCCGCCUCAGGGCAACACCGCCCGCCCUCCGCCCGUGCCCCGCCUCGGGCCCCACCACCCGGGACUGCGCCGCGGCAGCUCUGGCUCGGCGAGAAAUCCUCCCUGCUCGCGCAACGUCAGUCAGACCCACUACAUCCACCUCUUAGCGUCUUUUUGUUUCUUGGUCGACCGUACCAAGAGAUUCAUCUCACUCACUUGGAAUUGGGCAGACCCAGAGGCUGGGAUGAAUACUUGAGGACAAUGCCGUGCUCCACCUCACAGAGCAGAGAUCCUCUGCAUCAGUUAAGGACUAACGUGAAAGGGCAAAAAGGAGCUCUCCUCCUUUUCAAGUGCCAGAAAAGUGGGUCAACAGAGAAAGGUGUAAACCAGGUCCAAAUAGGGAUGUUUGGAUUCUGUGUAUGAAGUGCAGCACCGCUGACAUACCAUCAAAGUUGUGGGAGUUCAAAAAAAAAAAAA